AUGGAGGAGGAGGAUAUCUACUAUUGGAGUAAGCAUAGCAGACCUUCUCCCAACCAAGAUCAUAUAAGACAUAGCCUCGCUGAAUACGUUCUUCAUCCUCUGAAAAUCCGUGCCUCUAUUUUGAAGUCCAUCUACAUUCCUAUUCCAUCUGAUCAUCUACAAUCGGAGUACUCUGACUUUCAACCCAACAUCUUGUAUUCCCUGAAUAGAAAACGACGAUGGGAAGCAGAAGAUUCGAUUGGAGUGGAUCUUUUGGAAGAGCUCACCCAACUGAAUAAGGGGUGGAGGGUUACUGUAGUGGAGAGGAAGCAAGCGAGGAACUAUGAGUUUCCACUUUGUUUUGCUGCUGCAUUCUACUUGUAUUCUCAUUAUUUUGAGGACUUGUAUCCAGUUAUGAAGUUUUGUUAUUUGAAAGACAACAAGGAGUAUAAGGAAAAAUCUGUGAGGGGACAGGUGUAUAAAAACUUUCUGGGGCAGAUGAAUAAUUUCGAGGAGAGCGAUGAUGACCCCAUUGCUUCAUAUAACUUUUUAAGACCUCCUGCCAAUAUUGUGACUCUGAUGAAGAAACGAUUUCAAAGCCGUGAUUAUAAUAGUCGUGGUUGGCAACGAGAUGGCUACUGGAAUCGAUUGGAUCGUAAGAAGGAUAGAUAUAUCCAGUUGAGAUACGAGGAAUUGGAGAAUUUGGAUGGAGGAGUGUGGAAUGACGGUUUAGAUAAUAAUGUCGAGGAGGUAAAAGUGAAGUAUUACAACUUGGAGGAUCAUCUUGUGGAGAAAUUUGUGAUGGUCAAAAAGCGGAGAUCGGGGAAGAAAGGUUUGAGCAAUUGA